UCGGCCUUAACUAACCUUUGAUAAAAAUCUGGUAAAUGAUGUAGAUUCAUAAAAUAAUAGAAAAUGCCGCCCAUUCGCUCUCUUGUCCCAAUGUUCGCUACGAAAUCGUACAUAAAAUUCUCCACCAUAGCAAAAUGUAUCGUGGACCAUUUUCGUAACGUAUCAUGUCAAAAAUUGCUGUAACUAACUCCGAAGAAAAUACUCUAAAGGACAAAGGUUACAAAUUAGACAAACUCAUCGGGGAAGGUGCUUAUGCUAAGGUGUAUUUAACAACAUUCGACAAGGACGAGCACAAGCAGAGUUUGGCCUGCAAAGUGAUAGAAACGUCGAAGGCUCCCCGAGACUUCGUCACGAAGUUUCUGCCGCGCGAGAUCGACGUUCUCGUCCGCCUGAAUCACCCGCACAUCAUCCACAUACACAGCAUAUAUCAGAGGAAAACGAAGUACUACAUAUUCAUGCGGAACGCCGAGAACGGCGAUCUUCUGACUUAUAUUUUAAAGAGGGGCGCCGUGUCGGAGAACCAGGCGCGCGUGUGGUUCCGGCAGCUGGCGCUGGCGCUGCAGUACCUCCACGAGCUGGAGAUAGCUCACCGGGACAUCAAGUGCGAGAACGUUCUCCUGACGGCCAACUACAACGUCAAAUUGUCCGACUUCGGGUUCUCGCGGUACUGCGUCGACGACGACGAGAGGCGCGUCCUGAGCGAGACGUACUGCGGGUCCAUGUCGUACGCCGCGCCGGAGAUCCUCCGCGGGAAGCCCUACCACCCGAAGCCCACGGAUUUAUGGUCGUUAGGCGUGAUCCUCUUCGUGAUGCUCAACAAGUCGAUGCCGUUCGACAACGCCCGGAUGCGGAAGCUGUACGAGCAGCAGAUGAGGAGGAAGUACCGGUUCCGGUCCCGAGUCGCCGGCGUCGUCUCGUCCGAGUGCAGGACGGUGGUGAGGAACACGCUCGAGCCGGACCCCGGCCUGCGCCACUCCGCCGCGCAGGUUCUUGCCUCCGAUUGGAUCGCUAUGGACAGUAGACUCAAAGGAUUGAACCCAGUGGAAGAGCGAGCGAUUAAAAAAGCUAAAGAAGAGAGAGUAAAAUUCCAGUUGCGUAGCAAACCAAAGAAACAAGGUUCUAUUUUGCCGACGAAAACGCACGAAAGAUAUUCAUCGUUCAGGAUAUUAAAUUCGCAGGAAAAAAAUGUGUUAAAAUUAACAGAAUCUGAACAAUCAACGCUGUGGUCGCGAGGCUAUAAGAUCAUCAAGAAGAUUAACGAGGGAUCAUAUUCCAAGGUGUAUUUGGCAGAAUACAAAAACUCUUUCAAGCGUAAUAAAGCAAAAGUUCUAGCGUGCAAGGUGAUCGACACCAAUGUAGCGCCCAGUGAUUUCGUCGAAAAGUUUCUGCCGCGGGAGAUCAACUUGCUCACUAAGCUGAGCCAUCCACACCUCGUCCCCGCCCACAGCAUAUUCGAGAGGAACAAAAAGUACUUCAUAUUCAUGCGGUACAUGGAACGAGGGGAUCUGCUGGACUACAUCGUCCGGCACGGAGCCGUCCCCGAGCAGCAGGCCCGGGUGUGGACCAGGCAGCUGGCGCUCGCCGUCCAGUACCUGCACGAGCUGGAGGUGGCCCACCGGGAUAUAAAGUGCGAGAACGUCCUCCUCUCGGCCAACUACAACGCGAAGCUGACCGACUUCAGUUUCUCGAGGUCGUGCGUCGAUGGUGACUCGAACCCCGUUUACAGCGACACCUUCUGCGGGUCCGUCUCCUACACCGCCCCGGAGAUCCUGCAGGGGGAGCCCUACUGCCCCAAGCCAACGGACGUUUGGUCUCUGGGAGUCGUCCUGUACGUGAUGCUCAAUCAGGCAAUGCCCUUCGACGGUCAGCGCGUGCGAGCGAUCCUGCGGGCUCAGAUCGACCGAAAUUGGAAGUUCAACCCUUACUUUGAAUUUACCAUAUCGAACCGGUGUAAGAGGAUGGUCACUCUGAUGCUGGAACCGAACCCCAGGUUGAGGAUCACGGCGGAGGAGGUGGCUCGCAGCAAAUGGAUUCUCAUGGAUCCGAGAUUAGUAGAAUGGAACCUCAACGAAACGAUCGCUUAUAACAAAGCUCGGCAGGAAAAGGCGAAUUUUAUAAGAAAAGCACUAAAAGUUCAGCAAACUAUCGAAGCGAAUAUUGGGUCUAAACUGUGAACAGCCGGAAGAAAUGGAAGGAACGGCUACGGCAGGUGUUCAAGUCAGUUCAUAUGGAGGAGGACGGCCGGCAUAACGUAGUGGCGUGCAAGGUGA